GACACUCUGGUGUCAUUUAGAGACUGUACUUACUUAUUCACAAAUUGUGUUUACGUCUGACAAAUUAGUUUUUGGUUUUUAUUGUAUAAUACACAUUCGAUAAAAGUUCACGCGCAAAAAAUAAAGCGAAAUCAAAUAAGUUUCGUCGACGAAAAUACAGUAGCAUAAAAAAUGAAUCAACACUCAAAUAAUGCGAUAUCGUCACCGCAACAACCACCAUCGGCCCAAUCACAGGGUUCAACGUCUAGUACAGGCAGUCUUCCGACUUCAACACCCGCUCAUCCAACACAAUCCAAAACAGAAACACUUGAUAAUAUUGCCAAAGUGAAAAGUUUGACCGGUCCGUUGCGAGAUUCGCUUGCUAUGACGUUGAAAACAGCAGCCAAUUUGCUACACCACAACAAUCUAAUUGAUAAUGGGCCGAUCAAAGGGAUUGAUAAUAGUAAUCAAACACCGCCACGUUUUGAUAAACACUUGGAAGAGUUCUAUUCGAUUUGUGACCAAAUUGAAUUGCAUCUGAAGACGUCAAUUUUAUGUUUGCAACAAAAUUCAGCUUCACAACGCUAUUUGCCGUCACAAGUUAUGUUCACACGUAUGGACACCACACCAACAAAUGACAAUGCAGUCUCAUAUCCACAGUAUUUAUCUACGGUGCGUCAACAUAUCGCAUAUGCGAAAGACAUACACGAUACGCUCAUUUGUGCCGCUCAAAAUCUAGCACCCAGUGAAUAAGGGACCACUCAUAUUAUAAGUACAUCAUUUUUUUACCUGCGUUUUUUAAGAAUAAAUGAAUAAAAGGACCGUCAUAAUUUAUAA